GCACGAGCAUCACUUCUUGAAGUUUCGAGCUUCGGAGUUAUUUGGGGUAUUUCAAGUUUCAAUUUGACAUUUGACUGGCGGAAGUUUGGAUUAUAGCUCUUUAGCUUCUUUUAAUUGCUGUCGAAUGCUUGUCAAAACGAGUCAGCAACACCACCGAAACCAAAGGUGGCCACCACACGUAGCUGCGUACGCAUUUCUUCAUAGCCACUAUGCGUCUGGCCUGCGUGUAUAAAUGCCAGUACACAAGGACGUGCUGACAUUGGUACGAUCACUCGAGAACCCCAGCAGGGCAAAAACGCCACCUGUACUCCCCUGCCGUCGGCGGUUCCCACGAACGACCAAAACAGCUGAAGUGGCGUAGACAGACCCGUCCACACACAACCUCUACUCCCCAGUGGCAGGUGAAGCGAAGGCUUCAACAUGCUGGACUCGACCGCCGAAGGAAUCGCAAGGGCUGGUGCAACAUCAGCGACCAGCUACUUAGUCAUACCAACAGCCAAGCUGACACACCAAACGCCGACCACUGUCGAGAAGAAAAAAGGGACCUCCCCUACCGCAACUCCCACCCUGACUUCCGCACGUGAAACGAACGACAAGACCCUCGCCACGAACAUCACGACCAUUCUCUUUCGCCCUGUAGAAGGGGGACGAUUCACGAAAGAAAACAUGUUGUCGAUCGCGAAGGAUAUGACACUUACUGCGAAACGGAAAAUUACGCAGUGCAGAGUGAACACUCGCCUAAGCAUCGCGGCGGUCGACACUUUUGACGCGGAUGCGGUGGAGGCCUUACUCCAAACCACUACCCUUGCGGACAUUAAGGUCAAAGCGUGCAAGCCAGCCCCGCAGGCGCAGAGCGUCGGGCUGAUUAAACGACUACCCCCGACUGUAACGACGGAGGAGUUGAAAAAGGGUCUCGAUUCGCCUUCGGAGAUCAUCAACAUCCAACGGCUGGGCGGAGGGAAAGUCGCGAUGCUCCACUUCGAUGGCCCACUGCCGACCCACGUGACAUUAUGGGGCGUACGCAAGGAAGUCGCAAUCGCCGAACCCAGACCGUUCCAAUGCAGCAACUGCGGCAGGUUAGGACACGUGAGCGCCGCCUGCACCCUCCCGGACGGGUGCCCGACGUGCACCGGACGCCACCCGAAGGGCGCCUGCGACCGCAAGGAUACGCCGAAAUGCCCCAACUGCCCCUACUUGCACGACGCCUUCGAUCGCCGCUGCCCGGCGUACCAGAGAGAGAAAAACAUCGUCAUCAGAGCCGCCAACAAUGGGGGCGACUGGGCCGAAGCCCGAGCGGUGGAGAAAGCGCGUCGGGAGGAACAAAGACGACAGCAAGAGAUAGCUAAUCUUGCCGCAGGAACAAGGGCAAAAGGGCGGCACAAUGGACCACUCGACCUCCCCUACCUCCCAAAGCGAACACCAGGAGGAACAAGUAACCCAAAGUUGCCAGCAAAUCACCCAGACACCAAAGAAACAAAAAAAGGGCCCCAGAGCCGCACCAGAGCACCGGAGCUGCAGGCCCAACGAUCAUCGGCGGCCCAAACCCCAAAACAGCAUCAGCAGCAGGCCGAAAAACAAGUCGUGCAACAGGCCCCUAAAUACAGGCGCACGUACGGACCCAAGAAACCCGUGAGUGCAGGCAAUAUUCAGAAAGCCCCCGUCGCAGUGCAAGCCUCAAAUGUGACCAGUCUCCCUUUCCACCAGGCUCAAUCGGUGGAAUCGGUGGCACGUGCCCUCUCCACAGUUCACCCGCCAUUGGAGGCCAGAGUCAGAUCGGAGCACUUGAGCCAGAAGCCAAAACAGGAGUGGCCCGAAUCCAAGAACGCACAAAACAGCAGGAGCAGCGGACCGAAAAACAAAUCCUGCCUUAGUCCCGAAUCUAAGGACGCACAUAUGAACCCGAAGAGCCCAGUGGGCGCGGAACAAGAGAAGAAAGCAGACGCCAUCGCUCAAGCCCCGCCUGUUACCAGUACAGACACACAAACGGAUCUACGGCCACGAAAACCACCGAAGGUUCUGAAGAAAAGAAGUAAGCAUGGCAAGCGUCACAAGAAGUGACCAGUUUCCCUCUACACCGACCCCAUCGUUGGCGCAUGCCGUCUCCGCAGUUCCCCUGCCCUCGGAGACUGAGAGGGACUGAAAGGAACCCACCUUGCCCAGGAAAGCGAAAUGGGAAGUUCCCUUUUGACACCAGAAUAUCCGGGCAUCAGCUGGGUCCGCAGAAAACGUUAAAUCUGAAUUAAAGAAAUUCUUUAAAAAGUU